AAUGGUCUGCAGUGCCUCCAUUGUGCUGUGAACGUCCACAAGAACUGCAAGAACUUGCUGGCUGAAUGCAGCACUGCCAGGCCCAAGCAGAAGGAUUGGCAAUACAGACCUUCUGGAUCUCCACAAAGUUCACCGCAGUACCUUUCCCCAGCCUCUCUGAAGGAGCAACCCCGGAGCAUUCUCACGGGACCGGAUGGCACCCAGGUUCUGUCGCGCAAUCUCGGCAUGACUGUCGCCCAGAGAGGAAAUUCUCAGGCUUCGCUGAAUCCUGCUAGUGCUGUUAGUAAAUUUGGACUAAAUACAGGAGAAAUGGAUGAAGGGGAUUCUGGAUUUUUUAAAUUCAGGCAGACCUCAUCAGAUGAUGUCGUCUCACUUGCAUCUUCAACAGCAGACUCCAUUUUUCUGGAAGAUGCAGUUUCUCUCUCUCUGCGAAAUGAGAUAGAAACAGAUGCUCGCGAGUUUGAGGCAGAAUCAUGGAGUCUCGCAGUGGAACAGUCUUAUGCAAAGAAGCAAAGGAAAGAAGUUAUCAAAAGGCAAGAUGUCAUUUAUGAGCUGAUGCAGACUGAAAUGCACCACGUCCGAACACUGAAAAUCAUGCUGAAGGUGUAUUCGAAAGCACUGAGAGAGGAGCUGCAGUUCACUAACAUCAUUGUCAACAAAAUCUUCCCAUGUGUGGAUGAGUUGCUGGAGCUGCAUGGACAAUUCCUGCUUCAGUUAAAAGAGCGACAGAGAGAGUCCUUGGAAGAAGGCAGUGACCGUAACUACAUUAUCCAGAAUAUUGGAGACCUUCUUGUGCAACAGUUUUCAGGUGAAAAUGGGGAGAGAAUGAAAGAAAAAUACGGAGUGUUCUGUGGUGGUCAUAAUGAAGCUGUCAGUUAUUAUAAGGAGCUGCUGCAGAGCAACAAGAAAUUUCAGAACUUAAUGAAGAAAAUAGGCAAUUCACCCAUUGUGAGGAGACUUGGUGUCCAGGAGUGCAUCCUCCUAGUCACUCAGCGCAUUACAAAGUACCCAGUGCUGGUGGAGCGCAUUAUUCAGAACACGGAAGCUGGCACUAAAGAUUAUGAAGAGCUGACCCAGGCGCUCAGUCUCAUUAAAGAGACAAUCACUCAUGUAGAUGCCAAGGUAAAUGAGUGUGAGAAGGGACAGCGUCUGAGAGAAAUUAUGCAGAAAAUGGAGGUCAAAUCAUCCGGGAAGUACAGGAAUGGGCUGUUGUUCCGGAAGGAUGAUAUGGGGCGGCGACGGCUCCUGUUGGAUGGGAUGCUGUACUGGAAAGCUGCAUCGGGACGUCUCAAAGAUAUCCUGGCUGUCCUGUUAACUGAUGUACUUUUGCUGCUGCAGGAAAAGGACCAAAAAUAUACUUUUGCGUCUGUGGACUCUAAGCCACCAGUUGUUUCAUUGCAGAAGUUGAUUGUCAGAGAGGUAGCUAAUGAGGAGAAAGCCAUGUUCUUAAUUAGCGCCUCAAUGAAAGGGCCAGAAAUGUAUGAAAUUCAUACCAGCUCCAAAGAAGAAAGAAAUUCCUGGAUGGCUCACAUUCGCAGAGCUGUGGAAAGCUGCCCUUAUGAAGAGGAAGGAACGCUGAAUGACACUGAAGAAGAAAGGAGACUGGCGGAAGCACGAGCAGCUAAAUUAAAAGAAUUUCAAGAACGUCUGAGCAUGAAAGAUGAUCUGAUUAUGCAAAGACUAAUUGAAAAACAACAGAUUUAUCUAGAAAUGUUUGAAAUGAAUGGGUUUGAAGAGCUUUCUCCAGGGGUCCGAUCCAGACUCUUCCUGAAGGGCAUGGAUAGCUCGGAGAAUCUGCAAGGAGAAGUGAUCCUAAAAUCCGCAGUGACAGAAGCUGAGAACCUCCAGAACCUGAUCGUCACUUACUUUGGCAAUGCAGCCUGUCAUCCUGACGAUAGCUGUGGGACUGGGCUCCCCAGGAGAGCGGAGACCUUUGGGGGAUAUGAUAGCAGCCCCUCUGUUCCAAACAAAAACGGCAGUUUCAGGAAGAAGGUCAGUGGCGGUGACCAGAGGCUGUGGGAACGGAAGGGACUUCCAUUGAGUUCCAGUGUGCAGCUCCAAGAUCCUCCCACUGAUGCAGAAGAAGGAUCUCACACAGAUGAGAUAACAAGACUGGAUUACAGUAGCGGUUUCCAGCCCACCCUGGAGUCUGAGCUUGUCCAGAGGAUACAAAAGCUCUUACAGUUGCUCCUCAGCCUUCAGGCAGUGAUAUCCCAGCAGGACAGCUGCAUUGAAAUGCAGCGUGCCACCCUCCUGGAUCGGGAGAAGCAGUACCGGCUGCAGUCGACACGUGGAAACCUGCUUCUAGAGCAAGAAAAGCAGCGCAACUUUGAGAAACAGAAGGAAGAAAUGGCAAAUGUGCAGAAGCUGCAGAACCAGCUGAAGCAGGAGCAGCAGCGCUGGGAACGGGAGAGGGACUGGCAGCAGAAGGAAUUUGAGAAGACAGAGGCACAGCUGCAGGAGCGUGAGGAGGAAACCCGGCAGCUGAAGGAUCGCUUGAGCCAGGAUCGGGAGGAGCUGGAGAGACAACGGGAGGCCUAUCAGCAUGACCUGGAGAGGCUGCGGGAAGCACAGAGAGCAGUUGAGAGAGAGCGAGAACGUCUAGAGCAGCAAAAGAAGCUGAAAAAGCAGAAUACGGUGUCAGGCACAUUCUCCCCAGACCUGGGACAGGGCCAAAUGCUGAGCCAUUCCGCCAGCUUCAAUGGAGAAGGGAUAGAAGUUUCUGUGCCGCACCUGAAAACCUCUGGGAGGGCCAGCGUCUCGGGAAUGGAUUAUCUGGAGCGGCCAGAGCUGGUUCGCAGGGACAGCACCACCCUGGAGAAUCGCCUGGUUCUUGCAAUGAAAAACGAAGUGCCAAUACACCUCCUGAGCACAACCAAUCAGAUACAGAAGCAGGCUGCAGUUCAGCAACAAAUCCCCACCAAGCUUGCCGCUUUCUCAAAAGGAAGCAAAGAAAAGGGUGGGAAAAGCAAAGCAUCUCACAGGAUGGACAGCUCAGCAUCUGCUGACCUGAAACAGCUGCUUCCAACGAAGUUUGUGGGGAAAGAUGAGAGUGUGCUGAGGAGCAGACGGUCAGGGAGCCCAAUCCUUUCGAACAACCAGGGCGCCACAUUCCAGCCUGAGUUGUGUGGGCCCACAGAUACCCAGCCAGAAACCCUCCCGUCUGCAUCGUCGAACCUGUUCAAGCCGAACAGCAUUCACGUCCAGACUGUGGUGACCUCUCCACCAGCCCUGAUAAAUCCUGAAGAUGACGGCAGCAAAGAAGAUGUGAUUUUUUUCUAGCUGUUUCCACUUUGUGAAGGACCUCCUGCCAUACUGCCUCUGAACUCGAAUCUGGCAUUAACAUGGCAGAGACCUGUGGGGCUGGUGGUUGUCUGUCUGCCCUGCCCCUUCGCACCAGCAGGGACUGGAGCGGGGCUUCAGUGUUGCUUGGUUGGCUUCUUUCCUGACAGCUCCAAACGAGGGCACCGCCACAGCACAAAUUAGCUUUCAACUUUUCCCAGGCAUGGGAGUGUCUUGUCUCGUACCUGGCUUAGGUGUAUCCAUUCAGAGCCCAUUAAAAUGUUGCCAUCCGCUGUA